GCGCCAGUCCCGCACCCAGUGAUCGCCAAGGUCGUCGACUGCGCUGGCCGCGCAGGCGACGCCCGCAACCCGCUGGCGGUGCCGGCGCUGACGCUCCUCGGGACCCUUCUGGGUUUGCCGGGCGGCGCCGGCCACGCCGCGGCGGGCGCGGCCAUCGCGGCCAGGGCGCUGCCAGCGCUGGCGAAGGCCGUCCAAGACCCGCACGCCCCGGACGACGUCCAGGUCAAGGCCGCCUGGGCGCUGGCGAACGCGGCGCGGGGCACGGGCCCGCAGGCCCAGAAGCUCGCGGAG